AUGGCGUCGCCGAUGUGCCUGCGAUGCCUGAAGCGCUCUCUAAUCGACGUCGAAUCCUCAUUACCCAGUAAUGCCGUCCAGCGGGCUGCCUUCUCGACCUCAUCGCCCCUGUGCAGGAACUCGGUGGUGCUCAAGAAGAAGGCCGUCGUUGCGAAACCAGCAACGCGAGCGGGAAGGACGCUGCGCCUGACCAAGAACACGCGCGUAGGGACGACGAGACCGCCGGCCGUUGGCGAACGGAAAGCGAUCAAGAAACGCGUGGUACUCAGCAACACCAAUGCGCUGGACGUGGCUGGUCUCCAGGACUUGACCGGUGCAUAUGCAGACAUACAGGCAGCCGAGGGCAAAGUGCUCGGUCUUCCAGAUGCCACUGUGGAUGCGCUGCGAGCACUGGAAGCGUUCAAGCCGACGCAAGCAUGGAGUUUGUUCAGACGGCCGGCGAGCUUGAUCAGGAAGGACUCCGUAGAGCUGGCGGGCGACAUCGCGUGGGUCGCCGAGAAUGGUGAGGGCAGAGUGGUGCGCAAAGUGCUGUAUGGUGAGCGUGGCAGUGGCAAGAGUGUGCUCCAGCUUCAAGCACUCGCGGUGGCACAGCUGAAGAAGUGGGUUGUGGUGCAUAUCCCAGAGGCCAAAGACAUGGCCGAUGCGCAUACCUCCUACCAGCCCAUCGAGACGCCCAAUGGCUCCUUCUACGAGCAGCCGCAUUACACGGCGAAACUGCUGGAGAACUUGGGCAAAGCCAACCAGGACCUCCUCAGCAACAUGUCCGUGACGCAGCAACACGACCUGCCAAUCCAGCUGAAACUCGACACCUCUCUCGCUCACUUGGCUGCCGUUGGCGCAAAAGAUCCAGACCUGGCAUGGCCCAUCUGGCAAGCACUUUGGAGUGAACUUCUGGCACCAUCGCAGAACGGCAAAGGUCCGCAACGACCACCGGUCAUGGUCACCUGCGAUGGUGUUGACCACAUCAUGCGCCUAUCCGCCUACCUCAACUCCGAAUCCGAGCUGAUCCACGCCCACGAGUUGGUUCUUGUGCAGCACUUCAUCUCACUUCUGUCCGGCAAGACCCCGAUGCCCAAUGGAGGCAUGGUCCUCGCAGCUAUAUCGCAAUCGAAUCGCGCGGCCGCUCAAACUCUCGACACUGCUCUCACCAGGAACAACCACAUCCAGAUGCUGCAGCGGAUGGACAUUGAUCCCGAACAGCCGGCCCAAGAGGUAAAGAGGCUGUUAAAAGGCAAAGGCAUAAAACGCAGUCUGGAAGAGCGAGAACUGUUCCAGCAGGAACUUGCAUACUGGAAGAAGCUGGUACUGCCAGAGUGGGAUCCAUACGUCACCUACGACAAGUGGGUGCAAGACGCAAUGCAGUCGGUCGGUGCCCAGAAAGUCGAAGGACUGAGCAAACAGGAGGCACGAGGAGUGAUGGAAUACUACGCGCACUCUGGCAUGCUGCGGAGCACAGUGACCGCCGGUCUGGUGAGCGAGAAAUGGACGUUGGCAGGAGGAGGUAUCAUUGGACACAUCGAGCAGGGGAGUGUACGCGCUCGGUUUUAG